AUGGCGCUGGUUCAUGGACGAAACAUUUGCAAGCUUUGGAAAGUUGCAGUAGAAAGUCCUUUGUUUGUUACCAGAGGAAUUUCAUCCAGCAGACGCUUAUUAUCUCAGCCUGUGCAGAAGCCACCCAUCUCUCUCACCAUACGUAAUGAUGACAAUGGUGUCAGGACCAUAUGCCUCAACGAUUCCAAGCGAAGGAAUGCCCUAUCUCUGGCCAUGCUAGAGACGUUACAUGCUGACCUGACGGUGAAGGACGAGAAUCUACGUGUCAUAAUACUGACUCAUAAUGGACCUGCCUUCUCGGCAGGACAUGACUUGAAAGAGCUGACCACCCGUGAAGGUAGAGCUUAUCACGCCCAGGUAUUCAGCACCUGUACAUCAGUGAUGAAUCUUCUUCAGGAAUUACCAGUGCCAGUGAUAGCACAGGUUAAAGGUCUGGCCACAGCAGCAGGCUGUCAGUUGGUUGCAAGCUGUGAUAUCGCUCUGGCAACAGAAUCUUCUAGAUUUGCAACACCAGGUGUAAAUGUUGGACUGUUCUGUUCCACACCCGCGGUUGCAGUGGCACGGUCUGUGCCUUCCAAGGUUGCCAUGGAAAUGUUGUUCACAGGGGAACCAAUUUCUGCUCAAGAUGCUGUGCGUCAUGGUCUGAUCAGUCGGGUUGUACCAGAGGAUAAGAUUGAGGAGGAGACAGAGAAGCUGGCCGCUAAGAUUUGCACUUUCAGUAAGUCUGUGAUAGCUCUGGGGAAGGAAGCCUACUACAAACAGAUCAACAUGGACAAAUUUUCAGCGUAUAAGUUCACAGAAAAGGUAAUGGUGGAAAAUCUGACUUUUGGCGAUGGACAAGAAGGGAUCAAGGCAUUUGUGGAGAAGAGGAAGCCAUCUUGGUCACAUGAUAGCCAACGAGUCCAUUGAUUGGUCGUGAUAUGAUUUUUUUUUCUUGUUAAUAUCUGAAAUCGAAUUAAUAAUAAAAAGCACAAGAUGAUUUUGCAUGACUGCUAUUGCUGAGCUCGCAUGUUCCUGCUUUGAGCGUAGGACU